CUCUUUCUUUUUUUGCCAUAAUAAUGUGUUAGUGGUCCAUAUGUCCGUAAUAAGCAUGUAUAAAAUGGAGCACUAGACAGUUGUGUUGCAGCAAAUUAAAUCCUAGGAAUUAUUAGAAACAUUGUAAGAGUAGUUGGUAAUUUAUAAUAGCCAUGGCUGGCCUUUUCUUUCGGUUAUUUAUGACUUUUCUUUGCUUUUCUCAUGCUAUCAACUGCUUGAUUAAUGCCGUCCCAAUCACAAGAAGCACAAGUUUGGUACUACUGGACAUAUCUCAUGAAGAACAUAAUGUACUGACAGACAAUAUAAUUCGUACGGCAAAUAUGGAAGCAGAAAAAGCAACAAGAAGAAUACUGGAGGCUGAAGAGAUCAUGAACGAUUAUCCAGGUUCUGGUGCAAAUAAUCGACACACUCCAAGGUCCCAAUUAGGGAGAGGAUGUUUUGAAUGCUAGAUCAUCCAUAUAUGUUUAAGAUAAUUAACUGUGUUAAGUACCAUUUUAAUCAUAAUUGGCUCAUAUUUUGAAUAGUUAAUUAAGAGAUCUAGUUAAUUGUGUGGAUAAUCUCUGAGAGAUCUCGCUAGCUAGCACGUAGUAGCUGAAUUGGUUGAGGAGUACUUAUUAGCAGUAUUAUAUAUGUUUUAUAUGUAGUGUACUGAUUUGUGUUAUGAUUAAUAUUAAUUAUAUGAACUUUGUUUGCUAUCA